AUGGUGAUUAACAAUUCUGACAUGAAAUACGUAGUGGCUGUCAAUGGUAUUGGCUUCGGGUCGCGAAAGGGCUCUGGAAACAAUCUAAACAAGUUGGACACGCAGAAUAUUUUUAAUUGGGAGAUGAGUAGGACUGACGAUCUCCAGCUUGCUGGGGUUAGUAGCUCGAAUUUAGCAGGUUUUCUUGUCCCCCCAAUAGCAGCAGGACCUUCUCCACCGACUCUGCCUAUUUCUUCUGGAGUUUAUGGUGCUGAUUUGUGUCUGCCACAAUCUUCCCAUGUGCCCGUUCCCGAACAAAAAGAUCUUGAAGGGAUGUCUCUUAACAGCUCGGGCACACUUGACAAGGACGUGAGAGAAAAAGACGCUACACUGAAAACCAACGGCUUGACUAAAUCAGAGAGUGAGAAACAGCAAACAUUUGUUAACGAACAAUUUGUUCCAUCACUGGCGCACAGGGAUAGUGCUCCAGCUAGUCUGCCUGCUGAGGAGCCAUCAUGCAUGGUCUCUAAACUGGAGAAAGAAUUGUCUUCAAAGAAUUUAGUUGGCAAUUCGGAGUCUGAUCUUACUGAUUUGAGCUACUUUGGGUCUUCUCUUCCUCCACAGAGAGUCUUCCGUUCUGUGUGGAUUCCCCGAGAGCAAGGGGAGUCUCUCAGCAGAAUAUCAAAGUCGGAUGAUUCACACAAUUCUCAGUUUCUGGUUAAUCAGUCGAAUAAUGAUGAUUCCCAGAAGGAUUUGUUUGCAGUGUCUGUUGUUGAUAAACCGCAGAACGUGCAUUUGAAUAUUCCUACUGAACAGCAACAUUCUACAGAAGGGGCUAUCCCUCAAGAAUCCGAAAGUGUCAUUAAUGGCCAUUCUAGGAAUCAGAACCUAAAGCAGAUGAACCCAGUUGAAGUUAUCGAUUCAACACGCAAUGAUCGUAUUCUAAAGGGAGAGACAGAGCCUGCAUUGAAACUUCCUGAUGUGAGCCUUGAGGGUAUAGUGAAAGACUCUGAAGAUUCUACUAUUCGGUGGGUUGAAGGGGCUACACAGGCCAUUAAUAAUGAUGCUCAACCGUCAACUUGGACUGGAAAUCAAGAAGUCUAUUCGUCUGAUUUUGGUCUUCUACAAAAGGAUGGGCCUGGUUUGAGUGUUAACAUAGAGAAUCAUGAUCCCAAACACUGGUCCUUUUUUCAGAGACUAGCAGGGGAUGAGUUUGCGAGAAGGGAUGUUUCUCUUAUUGAUCAUGACCAAAUUGUGUUGCCAUCUGGACUUACGGAAGUCAAGGAAGAGGCACCUCUAGCAUACGACUUUGUACCACAGGCGAGAGAUGGAAUUCUUCCAUAUCACAAGGGAGUUCAGAAGAAAUUCGGGGAAGAUUAUCAGAAAGAAAUGCCUGCCAAUGAUGGUGCUGUCUCUUCAGUCGUUCAUCUCGAUUAUGAUUCAUCACUGGUGCAAGUCAGCGAAGUAGUGCGGUACGAUGAUUUGAUGGACAAUACGAGAAAUCGUGACUCUGGAUUCGAGGAUGGAUUUGGAAAUGUUGACUUGGCUUCUCUAGAUCGUUCUUUGGUGGAUAUUGACCUCACCUCACUGCAGAUAAUAAAGAAUGUGGAUCUUGAGGAACUGAGGGAGCUUGGAUCUGGUACAUUUGGAACUGUUUAUCAUGGUAAAUGGAGAGGUUCAGAUACCAUGGAAUUUCGGAGGGAAGCUGAAAUUCUCUCCAAACUUCACCACCCAAAUGUGGUUGCUUUGUAUGGUGUAGUACAAGAUAGCCCUGGAAAUACAUUGGCUACUGUAACAGAAUACAUGGUUGAUGGCUCUUUAAGACAUGUUUUGCUGCGGAAGGACAGGCAUCUUGAUCGCCGGAAGAGACUCAUAAUUGCCAUGGAUGCAGCUUUUGGUAUGGAAUAUUUGCACUCAAUGAAUAUAGUACACUUUGAUCUGAAAUGCGACAAUUUGCUUGUUAACUUGAAAGAUCCUUGGGGACCUAUAUGCAAGGUUGGGGAUUUUGGGUUAUCGAAAAUAAAACGUAACACCUUGGUUUCGGGGGGAGUUAGAGGAACUCUUCCAUGGAUGGCCCCUGAGCUUCUGAAUGGAAGUAGCAAUGAAGUUUCGGAGAAGGUUGAUGUCUUUUCAUUCGGUAUCGUCUUAUGGGAGAUUCUCACUGGGGAGGAGCCUUAUGCCAGCAUGCAUUAUGGUGCAAUCAUAGGAGGUAUCGUGGGCCUUCUUCGGGCUGAGCCUGGCCUGGUGGGCCUUCCUCCAGCGGCGGGUCCAGUGGACGGCCUUGGGCUGUGGUUCCACCAGCACCAUUACAGCCAGUAUGGCAUACACACUUCAGAAUUUGCAAUGUCCCCCCAAAUCCUUCUUUUUCACAAAUUGUCCCACAGUUUCUCGAACGGAAGCAAGCUCCGGUGAAUAAUCUGCUCUUGGCUUCGCACUCGGUUGAUUCUCCAUACAUUAUCAUGUCCUCUUCAUAAAAAUAUAAAAAUAAAAUAUAAAAGUUGAAUACAAAUUCUUAUACUAUUGAAAUGUCAUACAUCUAUUUAUAUUAUUUUUU